AUGUCGAAUGUAGAGUCAAUCGUCUUCGAGCUGCAACGGCAAGCUGUAGCUACAGUCAUGGCUGGGGAGGCCGUGGCCACAGCGGAAGUGGAAGCGCGCCAUUUCCCGGCCACAUUCCCCUACGUCAAAGAUGUACAGGUCGUCGUGGUGGGCAGCUGGGACAAUGGCUGUCGGAAGAUGGCUUGCCGCCGCCGUGGACAAGGCCGCUCUGAGGAAGAGGAGAUGCGCCAGUCGGCGCCUACCCGGCAAUAUUGCUCGCAGUCGUGCCUGCUCGGCCUCAAGAGGGACUUGGCCCUCGACGACGGCUGCCCGAAUGUGCUCGCGCAUCGUGUCGCGGCUGGAGGCAGCCCACGGCACCCUAUCACGGCCGACGAGUUCAUACGCCUGGUCAGCACGCAGCUGCGCAACAAUCCCUACCAAGGCUGCACCUUUGUCAGCAAGGGGACACUGGUGGAUGGUCUGGAGCGACUGCAGCACGAGUGCCAGGUCUACGCGCGGCUGGCGACGCUCGAGGGCUGGGUGGUGCCUGUGCACCUGGACCUCGUGCACCCGGAUUGGGGCUACGUGCUACCGGGGGCGAGGAGGGUGGUGCAUAUGAUGCUCAUGUCGUGGGGCGGCGAGAGAGCGGCGGAGGCGGGCAUGGAGGCGGGGGAGCUGGAGGUGCAGAGGCGUCGCUCGUCGGGGGCAGUGUGGGCGGCGGGUGUGAACCACGGGGACCUGUGCGACGCCAACCUGCUGUGGAACGUGGAGCGCGGGCGGGUCAUGGUGAUUGACUUUGGCCAAGCGGCCCUCCGGCCGGCGCCCACACACUAG